GUGUACCAAUAGUUCUCUUAAACCAGGUCGUUUUGAAUAUUAAAACAGAAAUAAAACUAUGUGCAUAGUUGCAUACUAUUAACAUAUACCUAUAAUUACACAUUGCAGUCGUAUUUAUGCAGUAAUGUCAUAUCGCUAAAAAUGACUCCUGAGUUCCAUGGAGCUUGAGUCAGAGGAGCAGGGAUCCUGGAGGCGCGCGAAUUCGCGGGGUAGCGGGGCCGAGGGCGGGGCGAGGGCGGGGGAGGGCCGCGGGAGUGCGCUCGUCUCGAAAUAACCGCGUAUUUCGGUCGCACGCCCCCCACCCCGCCGGCCUGCUGGCGCGCGCGCACCGAGCGCCGCACUAUCCGCUAACUAUUUGCAAUCGACCGACGUCUUGGUUGUUGGACUUGGGUUAUAAUGACUUGACUUCUGCUAAAUGAACCCGUGGACUAGUACAAGUUUUGAACAGUGGCGUAUAAGUUAUACGGGUGGCGAGCGCUACCGUGCGAGGACAUAGCGUCGAGUGAGAGUUUUUUUGUGCGUUGUGCUGCGGUGGCAGCAACAUGGACAAGCAGUCGAGGUGGUCGUCGGAGCAGCGCAGCGAGCAGCGCAGCGUGCAGCAGCAGCAGCACUCGGAGCGGCGCGAGCAUGUGGUGCAGCAGGAGAGCGUGCAGCGCACCGAGCACCACUACACGCGCCAGAUGAUGACGCAGCAAGUGGAAAGCAGCGGUGACCGGCUGCCGAUUACUUCGGGCAGGCCCGGCGAGCCCUCCCCGCCUAUAUUCGAGCAGAUCUUCAAGAAUGCAAGGUUUGCGCAAGGCGGGAACGCCAAGUUCGAGGGCAAGCUGCGAGGUAACCCAACGCCUGUCGUCUCGUGGACGCGCAAGAAAGCGCCGCUGGUCGAAUGCAACAAGUACAGCAUGAGCUACAACGAGCAGACCGGUGACGUCUCCCUACUCAUCAAACAGAUCGGGCCCGGAGACGAGGGCGAGUAUACCUGCACUGCCCGCAACCAGUACGGCGAGGCCAUCUGCUCCGUUUACAUCCAGCCCGAGGGCGUCCCUGUACCUGCUCAGCAAUCCCAACAGCAGCAGAGUUACCGCCACGUCAGCGAGAGCGUCGAACACAAAUCCUACGGCACGCAAGGGUACACCACUUCGGAACAGACCAAGCAGACACAGAAGGUGGCGUACACCAACGGUUCCGACUACUCUUCCACGGACGACUUUAAGGUGGAUACGUUCGAAUACAGACUCCUCCGAGAAGUUUCGUUCAGGGAAUCCAUCACGAAGCGGUACAUUGGCGAGACAGACAUUCAGAUCAGCACGGAGGUCGACAAGUCUCUCGGUGUGGUGACCCCUCCUAAGAUAGCACAAAAGCCUAGGAAUUCCAAGCUGCAGGAGGGAGCCGACGCUCAGUUUCAAGUGCAGCUGUCGGGUAACCCGCGGCCACGGGUGUCAUGGUUCAAGAACGGGCAGAGGAUAGUCAACUCGAACAAACACGAAAUCGUCACGACACAUAAUCAAACAAUACUUAGGGUAAGAAACACACAAAAGUCUGAUACUGGCAACUACACGUUGUUGGCUGAAAAUCCUAACGGAUGCGUCGUCACAUCGGCAUACCUGGCCGUGGAGUCGCCUCAAGAAACUUACGGCCAAGAUCAUAAAUCACAAUACAUAAUGGACAAUCAGCAAACAGCUGUAGAAGAAAGAGUAGAAGUUAAUGAAAAAGCUCUCGCUCCGCAAUUCGUAAGAGUCUGCCAAGACCGCGAUGUAACGGAGGGGAAAAUGACGCGAUUCGAUUGCCGCGUCACGGGCAGACCUUACCCAGAAGUCACGUGGUUCAUUAACGAUAGACAAAUUCGAGACGAUUAUAAUCAUAAGAUAUUAGUAAACGAAUCGUGUAAUCAUGCACUUAUGAUUACAAACGUCGAUCUCAGUGAUAGUGGCGUAGUAUCAUGUAUAGCACGCAACAAGACCGGCGAAACUUCGUUUCAGUGUAGGCUGAACGUGAUAGAGAAGGAGCAAGUGGUCGCUCCCAAAUUCGUGGAGCGGUUCAGCACGCUCAACGUGCGCGAGGGCGAGCCCGUGCAGCUGCACGCGCGCGCCGUCGGCACGCCUACGCCACGCAUCACAUGGCAGAAGGACGGCGUUCAAGUUAUACCCAAUCCAGAGCUACGAAUAAAUACCGAAGGUGGGGCCUCGACGCUGGACAUCCCUCGAGCCAAGGCGUCGGACGCGGCAUGGUACCAGUGCACCGCCCAGAACGUCGCAGGCUCCACCGCCACUCGGGCGAGGCUCUAUGUCGAAGUACCAAAAGAGCCUCCGCCCGAACAGAAGCGUCUUCAUUUACCGCGGCCUACCAAAAUAAUUGAGCCAGAGCCUGCUCCUGGUCCAGAGAUUAUAUACCUAAGGCACGUGGAAAGAGCAAGACCUUUUAUUCCUCCUGGCGAGGAGGACCGUGUCUAUCCCCCGCCACAGUUUAUUGUGCCACUUAAGAGCGUCACGCAAAUGGAGGGUGGCAAAAUACACUUUGAAACGAGGAUAGAGCCGGUCGGUGACCCAACCAUGAAGAUAGAAUGGUUAAGGAACGGACAAAGCAUUGAAGCAAGUUCCAGAUUUACUUCGGUAUUCCGGUUUGGAUACAUUUCCCUCGAUAUGCUCAGUCUAAAUAUUCAAGAUAGUGGGGAAUAUACAUGUCGAGCUGUAAGCGCUACUGGCGUUGCAGAGACUAAAGCUAUGUUACAAGUAACACCGCGAGCAACGAUCGAAAGAACGAGUCAACACCCGGAGAGCUUACAGUACAUUCAGCAGUUGGAAGACUAUUCUCGGUACCAACAUCAAGAGUCAGUCGAGGAUCAAACUUCACAGAGACCACAAUUCAUCAGGCCGCUCCAGGAUCUUGGCGAACUUCAAGAAGGAAGGAACGCACACUUCGAAGCUCAACUGACUCCUGUCAGUGAUCCUACCAUGAGAGUCGAGUGGUACAAAGAUGGCAGAGCAAUUACAGCCAGCUCGCGAAUCACGUCAAUCUUCAACUUCGGUUACGUCUCCCUUAACAUCAUGCACCUACGGGCUGAAGAUGCAGGUUCGUACACAGUGAGGGCUGUAAACAAAUUAGGCGAAGCAGUCAGUACCGCCUCGAUCAGGGUAGCUGCCAGGAGUACAGUUACUGCGGAUCUUGGAAUACCGGAACAACGACGAUACAUUGAAAAGACUGAGCAAUUAGAAGCAUAUCAACAACAGCAACACCAAAAAUACUAUCAAGAAGCUCCUGAAAGCACACAGAAGCCGGAGUUCAAGACACCUAUUAGAGACCAAUUAAAUAUUAAAGAAGGCGGUUUUGCACAUUUUGAAGCUCGUCUUGAACCAGUAGGAGAUUCUACCCUUAAGGUAGAAUGGCUUAAAGAUGGACGCCCAGUUGAAGCUAGUUCAAGAAUUACUACAUUUUUCAACUUUGGGUAUGUAGCUCUAACUAUAAAAUCAGUAACUAUUCACGAUAUCGGCCAUUAUACUUGCAGAGCAUAUAAUGCUCUUGGUCAGGCAACUACAAAUGCUAAUCUUACAAUAAUUACGAAGAAAGAUAUUAUUGCCGAAUCUCAGCACCCUGGAGGAUUAGAGAAAAUUCAGCAUCUGGAAGACUCCAGCAAAUACAUGAAACGAUCAGAAGAAGAAGUUAAAGUUACUCAAAAACCUCGAUUUUUGGGACCAUUAAAGGGUACUAAUAAGAUUGUAGAAGGCCAAAGUGCACAUUUUGAAGCACGAGUAGAGCCACAAAGUGAUUUGACUAUGACAGUAGAAUGGUAUUUCAAUGGAAAACAAAUUACGUCUGCAAAUCGUAUUCAAACAUACCACGACUUUGGGUAUGUUGCCUUAGACAUUUCCAGUGUGCGCGCAGAAGAUACCGGCGUAUAUACAGUCGUUGCCAGAAAUGCAGCAGGAGACGCACAACUGAGUGCUUCCAUGACUGUAGAAACACGCUCCAGUAUCGACACAUCUAGCAUUCAUAGGGGACUAUAUGAAAAGACAAGACAUAUUGAGGAGUCUAAAUUCGUAGAGCCGAUGUAUGAAAUUGAAGAAAUUUCGAAAUCAAAACCAGUAUUUGUACAACCACUUUCGGAUCCUCAGCCAGUAUCAGAGGGUAAAAACAUCCACCUUGAAUGCAGAUUAGAGCCAAUGGGAGAUCCAACUAUGAGAGUUGAGUGGUUCCACAAUGGCCGACCAGUAACUGUUGGCUCACGCUUUAGGACUUAUUAUGAUUUCGGCUUUGUAGCAUUAGAUAUAAUUCAUGCUACAUCUGUUGAUUCUGGAGAAUACACAGCCAGAGCAGUUAAUCACCUAGGAUCCGCCCACACUUCCGCUAUGGUACGCGUAAUCGAAAAGUCAGAUAUUGUUACUGAAACUCAGAACGAACAAGCUGUAGAACAGAUCCAAAUGCUUGAAGAUGCUGCCAGAAGAGGAAGGCAAGUUCAUGAAGAUAUCACAGUUAUGCAAGCUCCACAAUUCUCAAGAGCACUACACAAUAUUGAGACUGUAGAAGGAACAAACGUUCAUUUGGAAUGUAGAUUACAACCUGUUGGAGAUCAAACAAUGCGCGUAGAAUGGUUCUGCAACGGAAGACCAAUAAAAACAGGCCACAGAUUUAGACCUGCUUAUGAAUUCGACUACGUUGCUUUAGAUUUACUGAGCGUAUACCCAGAAGAUUCUGGUGUAUAUACUUGCCAAGCAACAAAUCAGCUCGGUGAAGCAGUCACAUCUUGUGCUUUACGUGUAAUUGCCAAGAAAGACUUGAUAUUUGACUCACAACAUCCUUCUGGUCUUGAAAAAAUACAGUACUUGGAGGAUACAUCGCGAUACAAGAAGAGUGAAGUAAUAGAUGAGUCUAUUAACAUCAAGCCUCAUUUCGUUACCAAACCGAAAUCCAUUGAAAAUGUGAUUGAAGGUAAUCAUGUUCACUUUGAAUGCAAAUUGGAGCCAGUCACUGACUCCAACCUCAAAGUUGAGUGGUUCAAAAAUGGCCAGCCUGUAACAAUAGGUCACAGAUUCAGGCCGAUCCACGACUUCGGAUACGUAGCUUUAGAUAUAAUUGACUUGAUUGCGGAGGAUUCCGGUGUAUAUACCUGUAGAGCCGUUAACCUCAUGGGCACUGACGAAGUCAGCUGUAAAUUAUCUUGCCGCGGAACCGCGGAUAUUGUGAGGGUAACUCAAAACGAGACCGGAUUCGAACAAAUCCAAGUUCUGGAAGACAGAUCUAAAUCCCACAAAACCGAUGUAGUCGACGAAAUCACAACACAAGCACCUAUCUUCACCACUUCUUUGAAAAAUAUCGAAAUUAAGGAAGGUCAGCGUGCUCACUUUGAAUGUAGAUUGAUUCCCGUCUCUGACGCAACUAUGAAGGUGGAAUGGUAUCACAACAAUAAACCUCUAAAGAGUGGGUCUAGAUUUACAGAAACCAAUAACUUUGGUUUUGUGGCAUUGGAUAUUAUGGCAUGCUUGCCUGAAGACUCGGGGACGUAUACUUGCAGAGCUAUUAAUGCUCUAGGUGAAGCCGUUACUUCUGGCAUAGCGAUUGUACAUUCUAAAAAAUCUAUCUAUCUAGAAUCACAGCAUGAAGGUGCUUUGAACAGACUGACUCAACUGGAAGAUACGUCCAGAUACCAAAAGCAUAGUGCCCAUGAAGAAUUCACAACACAAGCACCAGUAUUUACUAUGCCCAUGAAAGAUAUUAGAGUAGCUGAAAAUCAAGCUGUUCACUUUGAAGCCAGACUUAUUCCCGUAGGAGAUCCAAAAUUGCGAGUAGAGUGGCUGCGCAAUGGUGUACCUAUUGAAGCUUCUAACCGUUUAACAACAAUGCAUGACUUCGGUUAUGUUGCUCUCAACAUGAAAUAUGUAAACCCAGAAGAUUCAGGUACAUACACAUGCAGAGCAAUCAACGAACUCGGUGAAGCUGUAACAUCGUCUACACUCUUCGUCCAAUCUAAGGCAUCGUUGCAACUGGAGUCUCAACAUGAAAGUGCUUUAGAAAAAAUUCAACAAUUAGAAGAUACCUCGCGUUAUCAACGGCGGGAGGACGUGGAAACAGCUGUCAACCAGGCUCCUAGAUUUAUUACUCAACUGAAUGGCCCCUCGAAGCUUAUUGAGGGCCAGAGUGCACAUUAUGAAUGCCGUAUAGAACCCUACCCUGAUGCAAAUAUGAGAGUCGAGUGGUACUUUAACGGCAAGGUACUGCAGAGUGGACAUCGUUACCGAACUGCCUAUGAUUUUGGAUUUGCCGCUCUCGAUAUCCUUACUGUGUACGGGGAAGAUUCAGGCGAAUACACAUGCAAGGUUAUCAAUAAUUUAGGACAAGCAACGUCUUCAAUAAAAUUAAACGUACAAUCUAAGGAAUCUAUUAUAAGAGACACGCAACACGAGAGUGCACUAGAAAAAAUACACUACCUAGAAGAUGAUAGCAGAUACAAACGCGUAAUCCGUGAUGAAAGCUUCAUCGCAGAGAAACCACAGUUCGGUAAGCCGCUGAAGAACGCUCAGGUAGCUGAAGGUCAGCCUGUGCAUCUUGAGGCUACGUUGACGCCGGUGAAUGAUCCCACAAUGCGCGUAGAAUGGUACUGCAACGGAAGACCAAUCCAACAAGGCCAUCGCUUUAAAACUACAUACGACUUUGGAUAUGUUGCGCUAGACAUUUUGUAUGCUUAUGGCGAAGACUCUGGCACUUACAUGUGCAAAGCAACUAACGCUGUUGGUGAGGCUGUUACUACAAGCUCAGUGAAAGUGGACGCUAAAGCUGGGUUGUAUCUCGAUACAAUGGAUGAACAAAGAUUAAGAAAGAUUCAAGAGUUGGAAAGAUAUGAAAGACCGAAAGCGGUGGAAGAGGAAAAACCGGGUCAACGCCCAGUCUUCUUGACUGCUUUGACUAGUCUCGAAAACCUAAAGGAAAGUGACCGAGCCCACUUUGAAUGUAGAGUUGAGCCUAUCAAUGAUCCAGACUUAAAGAUUGAGUGGUUCCUAAACGGACAGAAAAUUAGAGCUGGCCACAGGUAUAGGACGACGCAUGAUUUUGGAUACGUCGCUUUGGACAUCCUGUACGCAUAUGCUGAAGAUUCUGGAAUAUAUAUGUGUAAAGCAACUAACAAGCUCGGUGAGGCAGUCAAUACCUGCACGUUGAAGGUUGCAGGGCACAGAAGCAUUAUUUUAGAUACACAACAUCCAAAUGGCUUAGAAAAAAUAAGACAAUUGGAAGCACAAGGACACCAUACCAGAAUAGAAGUGGAAGAACCUAAAAUAAGUCCACCAAGGUUCACAGCUGAACUCAGAGGAACAACACAUGUGUUCGAGGGUAAAACAGCACACUUUGAAUGCCAGGUAGAACCAGUGCACGAUCCUAAUCUGCGUAUCGAGUUCUACCACAACGGCAAAGCCCUGCAAUCUGCCUCAAGGUUCCAUAUCACUUUUGAUUUUGGUUACGUGUCAUUAGAUAUCCAACAUUGUGUUCCCGAGGACGCAGGUGAAUAUUCUGUCAAAGCCAUAAAUGCUCUUGGACAAUGUACCUCUUCUAUAUCCAUGACCGUAACCGCAAAAGGCAGUAUUAUAUCGGAAUCUCAACGUCCAGAAGGUUUAGAGAAGAUCCGAGAACUGGAAUCAGCGGAACCGUUCAGGCGUCCGGAUAUUCCGGAACCAGUUACUAGACAGAGGCCCGUUUUCACUCAACCACUCCAGAAUAUUGACAACAUUCAAGAAGGCCAGACAGCACACUUUGAUUGUAGACUUAUUCCUGUAGGUGAUCCUACACUUAAAGUGGAAUGGUUCAGGAAUGAAAAACUUAUUGAGGACAGCUCUAGAAUUACUAAAACGCACGAUUUUGGUUACGUCUCAAUGACGAUCUCUCAUGUGCGCGAUGAAGAUGAAGGCGUAUACAUGUGCAGAGCUUCGAAUCUGUUAGGAGAAGCAGUCACCACUGCUGCUAUGAGAAUACGCACAAAGGCAGCGAUACAGAUGGACACACAGCAUCCAGAGGGCAUGAAGAAAAUACAACAACUGGAACAACCUCAGGCCAGGCGACCGGAAGAACCAGAACGCGAGUUCGAGAAGCCCAUCUUCACUCAAGUUUUGACUGGACCUUCGGAGCUUUGGGAAGGACAACACGCUCAUUAUGAAGCGCGUGUUGUUCCUGUGGGUGAUCCAAGCAUGCGGUUCGAAUGGUAUAUUAACGGCGUCGAAUUGAAAAUGGGAUCGCGUUUCCGCACCACACAUGAUUUUGGCUUUGUCACAUUGGACAUUAAUUCAGUGGUAGCACAAGAUGCUGGUUUGUAUAUGUGUAAAGCGAUUAACAGAGCGGGCAGUACAGUGUCCUCUACGUCGCUGAAAGUAAAAACAAAAUCAACUAUCGUGGAUCAAGCUAUGAGACCAGAGUCUUGGGAACAAAUUCAAGCUAAAGAAGCGGCAAUGAAUAAAGUUCCCGAAAUGUUUGUCGACACAGGUGUACAGCAAGCCCCUAUUUUCACUACUCAUCUCAAGAGCUAUGAUAAACUGGUCGAAGGACAGCAUGUUUUCUUGGAAGCUCAGGUAGAACCACGUACAGAUCCUAAUCUUAGGAUAGAAUGGUUCAAGAACGGCAUAUCUCUCACUACUGGUGCAAGAUUGAAGAGCACAUUCGAUUUUGGACUAGUUACUCUUUCCAUCAAUGGACUAAGAAACGAUGAUUCUGGUAUUUACACUUGUAAAGCCACUAAUUUGAUGGGAGAGGCAGUGUCUACAGCUUCUAUUAAGAUAGAAGACCGCCAUUGGCUAUUGGGAGAAACUCUUCAUCCUGAAUCAUUGGAUAGAAUCGGAGCUCUAGAACAACCCAAGCCUGAAAAGCCUGAAUCACCUGAACCAGUGUAUGAAACACCUGUCUUUAUUUCACACUUAAAUAAUAUCCUGUGCAAAGAAGGAGAUAACAUUCACUUCGAAUGCAACGUAGAACCAUCUAGAGAUCCUACACUCAAAAUUGAAUGGUUCUUUAAUAACAAACCUUUAUCAUCAGGGACUCGCUACAAAAGCACACACGAUUUUAGCUAUGUCUCGUUAGACAUCACACACACUUAUGAAGAAGAUUCAGGGAUCUAUACAUGUAAGGCUACAAAUAGCAAAGGAUUUGCCACAACAUCUGGAUCACUUAGGUGUACUGGUGAUAAACACAUUUACUUUGAUACUCAACAUCCACAAGGCAAAGCUGGUUUGGAGGCUGUUGAACAAGCCGAAGAAGCAAGACUUUCGAAGGGAAGACGACCAUCUGUUCCGGAUGCUGAAUAUGCCAAACCUGAAUGGGUAGUCCAGAUUGCUUCUGAACAACAAUUAAUUGAAGGACAAAACCUUCACCUUGAAGGUCAAGUAGAGCCCAAGAAUGAUCCAGAUUUAAAAAUAGAGUGGUACUUUAAUGGUAAAAUCCUUGAACAAGCUUCUCGGUUUAAACUAACUAGUGACUUUGGUUUCGUUACUUUAGACGUUACUGAUGUGUACGAAAGAGAUAGUGGAAUUUACACUUGCAAAGCAUAUAAUAAGAGAGGUGAAGCAUUUACAUCUUCUACAAUCUUAUGUAUUAGCAAAGAAAAUCUUAUAGAACGUACACAACAUCCAAAAGGCACUGAGGGGUUGGAGAAAAUUCAAAAUCUCGAAGAGUCUUUGCGCAGAGAGCCAGGCCGUGGACCAGAAGAUGAUACUGGCAGAGCUCCCGAGUUUACCACAGUCUUCAAGGAUAUCGUUGACAUCAGUGAAGGACAGAUAGCUCACUAUGAAGCAUCACUUAUACCCACUGGUGAUCAAAGUAUGGUUAUUGAGUGGUUCUACAACGGCAAAACAAUUGAAGCCAGUCAUCGCAUUCGGACUGUAUAUGCAUUUGGUAUGGUCGUUCUCGAAAUUCUUGGUACUAAGACCACUGAUUCGGGCAUUUACUCAUGCCGAGCAACUAACAGGUGGGGACAAGCUGAAAUAAGUGUUAAAUUAGAAUGCGUUGACAAGAGCAAGGGUCAAAAACCAAGGUUUACCACCCAUAUUCAAAGCAUUGAAGGCCUCAAGGAUGGUCAAUCUGCUCAUUUCGAAUGUACUGUUGUUCCUGUCGAUGACCCUGACAUGGUAAUUGAGUGGUAUCAUAACGGACAGCCAUUGCGUCAUUCAACACGUAUCAAAAUGGUGUCAGAUUUUGGUUUUGUUGUGAUGGAUAUUUCCUACACACAGAACCAUGAUUCGGGCGAAUAUGUAUGUAGGGCUUAUAAUAAAUAUGGUGAAGAUUUCACUAAGGCUACGAUCAGCUGCUUUGGAAGAGGAGGCGUUUAUUCGGACAGCCUGCAGCCCGAUUCUCUGGCUAAAAUAAGAGAAUUAGAAAGCUUACAAGGUGUACAACAACAGGCACCAGCAGCUGCUUCUGCAGAGCCACCGAAGUUCUUAACACAAAUUCAAGAUGUAACAAAGUUGGUCGAAGGACAGAGUGCCCACUUCGAAGCGAGAUUAAUACCAGUAGAUGAUCCUGACCUUAAAGUUGAGUGGUUCUAUAACGGAAAGAAAUUGCCCCAUGGUCAUAGAUACAGAACUUUCCAUGACUUCGGUAUUGUCAUUUUGGAUAUAUUAUAUUGUUACGAAGAAAACUCAGGAGUUUAUGAAUGUGUUGCGACUAACAAAUUAGGAAGAGAUUCAACUAAAGCUACUCUUAAGUGUACAUCGAAGGAAAAUUUGAUCUUGGACUCGCAACUCCCGCGGGGCAUGGAAGGAGGAUUAGAGAAGCUACAAACCUUAGAAGAUUCAAUGAUCCGUAGAAAAGAUACUACCGUUGAGGAAGAGAAAGGUAGAGCUCCAGUAUUCACUGUUCCUCUGUCGAAUAUUGACAACCUAAGGGAAGGAGAGAACGCCCACUUCGAAGCGCGUCUCACUCCUACAGACGAUCCAAACCUGAAAGUGGAAUGGUACUGGAACGGUAAAUCACUUAAAGCGGGUUCAAGAUUUAGAACAUUCUGUGACUUUGGCUUUGUCAUCCUUGAAAUAUCACCCACUUAUCCCGAAGAUUCGGGAGAAUACUUGUGCCGAGCAUACAAUAACUAUGGUGAAGCGGUUACGACUGCUACAAUGAAAGUACAAGGAAAACGCAAUAUCAUCUUAGAGUCACAGUUACCAAAGGGGAUGGAAGGUACUAUUGAUAAAAUUGCAGCUCUGGAAGGCUACACUGGAACAACCGACUCGAUGACACCUGAAGCAGAAACAGGUAGCCCACCUGAAUUUAUUACGACGCCUUCUGAUUUAGUGCUGUCAGAAAAUUCGUCAGCUCACUUCGAAUGCCGGCUAGUUCCUGUAAAUGAUUCCAGUAUGAGAGUAGAAUGGUUCCAUAACGGAAAACCUCUUUUGACUGGAUCUAGAGUAAAGACCAUUAACGACUUCGGGUUCGUUAUCCUUGAGAUCGGAGGUGUAUAUCAACGUGAUGCUGGUUUGUACACCUGCAAAGCUACUAACCGACACGGUGAAGCAACCGUGUCGUGCAAACUACAGGUAAAGGGCAGACAAGGCAUCAUACUUGAGCCCCAGCUUCCAUCUCAUUUUAAAUCUGGAACUGAAAGCAUACAGAAGUUAGAAGAAACAUUGCAUAAACGAGAAGAAAUAAUGAUUGAAGAUGAGAAACCAAAUCCUCCAAGAUUUACUGUAGACAUUAAAGAUAACCUAGAUGUACCAGAAGGCGGCCCCAUUCACUUCGAUUGCCGAGUGGAGCCCGUUGGAGAUCCAACAAUGAGGAUCGACUGGUUCUACAACGGAAAAGCUUUCGCUACUGGCUCUCGCGUGCACAUGCUUAAUGAUUUUGGUUUUAUAGCUUUGGAUAUCGAUUAUAUUUAUGCACGUGACGCUGGUGAAUAUACGUGCAGAGCAACUAACAAAUGGGGCUCAGCUACAACAACAGCUAAGAUAACAUGCAGCGCCAAGCGUGAUAUAGUACUUGAAUCACAACUACCACAAGGUAUGAGUGGUGAAAAGAUCAAGGAACUCGAAAGAGGUCGAGUCACAGAUGUGCCCAAAGAUGAGCCAGUGGUUAGUUCACCGCCACGAUUCAUUACACAGAUUCAAUCACACACCGUGGAAGAAUCAGAAGGCGUGCGAUUUGAAUGCAGGGUAGAGCCUAAAGAAGAUCCUAAACUACGCGUAGAGUGGUACCGUAACGGAAAACUUUUGCCAUCUGGCCAUAGAUACCGCACAGUCUACGACAUGGGAUUCGUUUCUUUGGACAUUUUGUACGUUUACGCUGAAGAUUCUGGUGAAUAUGUAUGCAGAGCCGUGAAUGACUUCGGAGAAGAUUUUACAAAGGGAUCGAUUUCAUGCAAACAAUUGCCUGAUAUCAUUUUACAAAAUCAAGUACCUCGUGGUAUGAAAAGAUCCGAGGCAUUGACACAAAUGGAAGCCACAAUCAAGAAAUACACUUCAGAAAUCUAUUUGACUGAAGAUGACCUUUAUGAUGCGGACAAGAAGCAGCCACCACGUUUCGUUACACAAAUCCAAAGUCAAACCACUUUAGUGGAAAUGCAAUCUACUAAGUUUGAGUGCCAAUUGGCGCCAGUUGGAGACCCCAACAUGAAAGUUGAAUGGUUCUUCAAUGGAAAGCCUCUAUUGCACAAGAACAGAUUCACUCCCAUUUACGACUUUGGUUACGUGGCAAUGAACUUUGGAUGGGUGUAUCCUGAAGACAGUGGCGAAUACGUCUGUCGUGCUACAAACUUGUACGGUAUGGAUGAAACCAGGGCUAUGAUCAAGACGGCUGGCAAACCCGGUAUCGUAUACGACUCGCAGCUUCCUAAGCACAUGAAGAGCAUAGAGAAAAUCCGUGAAAUGGAAGCAUCGUGGCAAAUGGCACCCGAACAAAUCAUCGAAGAAACAAAAGCACGUUCAGCACCAGUAUUCGUUAGCCGACCUGAUCCAGUGACAGUUGAGGAAGGAGAAUGGGCUCGCUUCUGUUGCCGUGUUACUGGACACCCCAAACCACGAGUCAUGUGGCUAUUAAAUGGCAAUACCAUUGUUAACGGAUCAAGAUAUAAAUUGACAUAUGAUGGAAUGUACCAUUUCGAUAUACCAAAGACUAGACAGUAUGACACAGGAAAAAUCGAAGUUAUUGCUAGGAGCUCUGUUGGAGAAGCUUUGGCUACGACCGAACUUAAAGUAAUUCCGAGACAUGACGAUUAUAGAGGUGUUCUAAAGAAUGCGCCACGACCUUGGUAUGAUGAAAUAUCACAACAUCAACGCUCUGAAACUGAACUAGAAAAAACAUUCGAGGAGAGACAGACCUUACAGCGGCAGGGUGUCAUUGAUCAUAGACCAGAGUUAAAACCUAAAAUCAUCAAGGAACCUGAAACUGAAUGGCAACAAACUGUGAAGAAGAAGAAGGGUGAGGAAUAUUAUAACAAACUUCAAGAACUUGAAAACGAACAAGUCGUUAAGGAAAGCAGGCUGAGGGAAUCUACACAUCAAUACGCUAUCCCUGGGGAAAAGAUUGCAAGCAGUUCUGUUGCUAAGGGUAUGGCCCAACGAUACGAAGACAGCUUGGAACAAACUGAAGAGGUAAUUGAACAACAAACUCAUAAAAAGGUUGUCCAGAAGCCAAGGAUUCCUGAUCCAUCUGAAUCUACUGUACACGGUAAAGAAGUACAUGUAGCCAAGCAGAAACAGAUUCAGAAAGAGGUGGUUGGUGACACGGAGAUUACUCGUAAGAUAACAUCUACAGAAACUACUGAGGUAGAACAUAAAGCUCAGACUCAAGAAAGAGUGGUUGAAGGACCCGUGAAACCGAGCAAACCUCCAGUAUUUACAAGAAAAAUGCAGCCUUGUCGUGUAUUAGAACAUGAGCAAGCACGAUUUGAAGUUGAGUUCGAUGGCGAACCACUACCGACAGUUAAAUGGUAUAGAGAAAACUUCCCGAUCAAAAAUUCACCUGAUUUCCAGAUUCACACUUUCAGCACUAAAUCUAUUCUUAUAAUCAGGCAAGUUUUUGUUGAAGACUCAGCAGUAUUUGCAGCAGUGGCUGAAAACAGAGGAGGCACUGCUAAAUGUAGCGCUAACUUGGUCGUAGAAGAACGUAGACGCCAAGGAAGAGGGGGGGUUAUUCCACCUAGCUUCACACUCACUGCCCAGAAUGUAAAUGUCACCGCUGGUCAACUCGUCAGAUUCGAUACGAAAGUUACAGGAACGAAACCAAUCGAUGUUUACUGGCUGAAAAAUGGUAAAAAGGUGCAACCAGAUAUUAGGAACAAAAUAUUAGAAGAAGACGGUACAUAUACACUUCUUAUUCUAGAGGCAUAUCCUCAAGAUUCUGGUAAAUAUGAAUGUGUUGCUAUCAAUAGCGCCGGUGAGGCGAGAUGUGAUGCCGAAUGUUUAGUUAAUGCUCCAGCAACAAAGGAGAAACCGAAACCUCAAACUAAAGCUGCUAAUGCUCCCCCUGAAAUCAUUGAACCUCUAAAAGAUAAAGUCGUCGCUGAAGGUCAAGCCAUCGAAUUUGGCUGUAAAAUUGUGGGAAAGCCAACACCAACUGUGCAAUGGUAUAAAGGAGAUAAGCUGAUAAAACCAUCGAAGUAUUUCCAAAUGUCAAGGGCUGCCGACGAGUACACUCUUAGAAUAUCAGAGGCGUUCCCUGAGGAUGAAGGCGAUUACAAAUGCGUGGCGUAUAACUCUGCGGGCCGCGUGACUGUUGCCGCCACCUUGAAAGUUAGCCAGCCAGAUCAGGCCGACAAUCUCCCAACACUCACACCUCUUCGCGACAUCGUGGUCAUGGAAGGUCAACCGGCUCAGUUCAAGACGCACAUUACCAGCAAGGUCAAGCCUACUAUUCAGUGGCUCCGUGAAGGAGCGCUAAUUCCCGAGACACCUGAUUUCCAGAUGAUCCAUGAGGGCAACAACGCCGUGCUGUUGAUCGGCAACACAUACGAGGAGGACACCGGCACCUUCACCUGCCGCGCCACUACCGCCGCCGGCCAGGUCGAGACCUCGGCAAAGCUAGUCGUCAAAAAAACACGCAAAAUUGUAUCCCAAAAGAAGUUUCAAGAUAAGACAGAAAUAACUUCAGCAACAUCAGAGAAAGGAGAGAUCACUGCCAGUAGAGCUUUAUAUCAGUCGACAGAAGAAUCAAGUAUCUUAAAAAUAGAAAAUGCUCAAGAUGUCGAAACCAAUAAAUCAGCCAGAGAUGUACCGUGGCGAAAGAAGAAUCAAGUAGAAACAGUUCAAGUUGUGAAAGAGGAAAAAUUAGAAGUUAAAUCUUGGCGGAAGCCUCGUCGAGAUGAAGUUGAAUCUGUUCAAGAAAUAACCACUUCAGAAGAUUCCAACAUUCUGUCAAUUGAUACGAAAGAAUCAACUGAAAUAGAAAAAACAACCAAAGUUGAAGACGAUUUGCCAACAAAACAUUGGCGAAAACCUAAAACAGAGCAUGUAGAAAAAACAACAUUAACUGAGGACUCUUCGAUGUUACACAUGCAAAACAAAGAAACAACAGUAGAAAAGGCCAAACAUGAAAAUUUAGAAGUAAAAUCCUGGAGAAAGCCUCGGAAACAAGAUAUGCCAUAUCUCAGUAAAAUAACUGAUGAUGCAAAAGCACAAGAACCCACAGAAAUAUGCCAAAAUGAAGAAAUAAAACAACAGAAAAAAGAAAGAACAGAUGAGAUACUUUCAAAACUAGAUCGCAAAGAAAGUAUUCCUUGGACACAGGAAAGUAUCCGACUGCGACCCACAAAGGUUGAAAAAACACAAAUAGUAAAAGAAAAAAUUGAAGACGUGUCUCUUAAACCAGUUCAUAGAGAAUCUUUACAAAAAGUCGAAACUUUAGUAGUGGAAGAAUCACUUACUAGAGAAGAAGACACUAUUAUUUUAAAGAUAUCUGAAAUAGAAAAUAUUGAAAUGGAACACCAGGAUAAAACCGAUUCAAAGACACCAAUGAAGAAAAACCUGUCUUCAGACAAGCCGGAAAAAAUUGUCGAGGAAGAACAGCCACUUCAAUGGCGUACUGGAAGAAGGCGUCCAAAGGAAGAAGAAUCUAUUGAAGAAGUAGUUCUUAAGCCAACGCCUAAACCAAAAGCACCAGAAGAAGAGAAAAUUGAGGAGGUACAGCUAAAACCAGUUAAAAAACAGAAACCAGUUCAAGAUGAAAAGCCGCAAGAUAUCGCAUGGCUCACUGGAAAAAGGCAUCCGAUAAAAGAGGAACCCAACGAAGACAUUGUUCUAAAGCCAAUAUCUAUGCAAAAAGCACCUGAAGAAGAGAAACCUGAAAAGGUACAGCUAAAACCAGUAAAACAAUCAAAACCAGUUGAGAAAGAAAAGCCGGAGGAAGAACAAUCUAAAGAAGUUGAAGUUAAACCAGUGAAACAAGAAAAACCAGUCGAGGAACAGGCCGUUCAAUGGCGUACCGGCAAGAGGCGCUCGAAAGAAGAAGAAACUAAAGAAGAAACGACCCUAAAACCUAUAAUACCCAAGCAGAUGGCACCUGAGAAAGAAGCACCCGAAGAGGUUAAGCUUAAACCUGUAAGUAAACAAAAACCGACCCAGGAAAAGUCAGUAGAAGAAGAACAGGGAAUUCAAUGGCGCACCGAUAAGAGGAGACUGAAAGAAGAAAAACCUAAUGAAGAAGUACUACUAAAACCAAUACCAAAGCAGAAGAUACCUGAACAAAAGGUACCUGAAGAAGUUCAGUUGAAAUCAGUGGAGAAAGGAAAAUCAGAAAUAUAUCAAAAGUCAAAAGAGGAAGAACAGCCAGCACCAUGGCGUUCCGAAAAGAGGCAUCCGAAGACCAAAGAAUCUAAUGAUGAAGAAGUUCUUAAACUGUUACCUAAACAAGAGGCAUCUGUAAAAGAGAAACCUGAAGAAAGUCAGUCAAAACCAGAUGAAAAACCAAAACCAGUCUAUAUAGAGAAACCAAUUCAAGAUGAACAGCCUGUUCAAUGGCGUACCGGAAAAAGGCGUCUUAAAGAGAAGGAAUCAAAAGAAGAAGUAGUCUUAAAACCGAUACCUAAACAAAAAGCGCUGGAGAUAGAGCGACCUGAAGAAGUACAGCUCAAACCAGUGAAAAAACAAAAACCAGUUGAAGAUCAAAAGCCGGAAGAUCACGAAUGGCCCAUUGGAAAGAGGCGUCCAAAGAAAGAAGAACCAAAGGAAGAAGUUGUCCUUAAGUCAACACCAAAACAAAAAGCACAAGAGGAAGAGAAAUACAAAGAUGAAUUGCUGAAACCAAUGAAAAAAGCAAAACCAGUUGAGGAAGAAAAGCCAGAAGAAGUCAAAUGGCCUACUGGAAAGAGGCAUCCAAAGAAGGAAGAACCAAAGGAAGAAGUCGUUCUUAAGCCAAUACCUAAACAGAAAGCUCCGGAGGAAGAGCGACCUAAAGAAGAACCGCUAAAACCAAUUAAAAAGCCAAAACCGGUUGAGGAUGAAAAGCCGGAAGAAGUCCAAUGGCGCACUGGAAAGAGACGUCCAAAGAAAGAAGAACCAAAGGAAGAAGUUGUUCUUAAGCCAAUACCGAAACAAAAAUCACAAGAGGAAGAACAACCUGAAGAGGUACAGAUAAAACCAGUGAAAAACCCAAUACCAGUUGAGGAAAAACAGCCGGAGGAAGUCCAAUGGCCCAGUGGAAAGAGACGUCCAAAGAAAGAAGAACCAAACGAAGAAGUCGUUCUCAAGCCAAUACCUAAACAAAAAGCUCCAGAGGAAGAGCGACCUGAAGAAGAACCGCUAAAACCAAUGGAAAAGCCAAAACCAGUUGAGGAAGAAAAGCCGGAAAAAGUCCAUUGGCCUACUGGAAAGAGGCAUCCAAAGAAAGAAGAACCGAAGGAAGAAGUCGUUCUUAAGCCAAUACCUAAAGAAAAAGCAUCGGAGGGUGAAAAGCCUGAAGAAGCACAGUUAAAAACAAUGAAAAAGCCAAAACCAGCUGAGGAAGAAAAGCCGGAAGAAGUCCAAUGGCGCACUGGAAAGAGACGUCCAAAGAAAGAAGAACCAAAGGAAGAAGUUGUUCUUAAGCCAAUACCGAAACAAAAAGCAGUGGAGGAAGAACAACCUGAAGAGGUACAGCUGAAACCAGUGAAAAAGACAAAACCAGUUGAGGAAGAAAAGCCAGAAAAAGUCGAAUGGCCCACUGGAAAGAGACUUCCAAAGAAAGAAGAACUAAAGGAAGAAGUUGUUCUUAAGCCAAUACCGAAACAAAAAGUACCGGAGGAAGAAAGAACUGAAGAAAAACUGCUAAAACCAAUGAAAAAGCCUAAACCAGUUGAGGAAGAAAAGCCAGACGAACUCAAAUGGCCUACUGGAAAGAGGCAUCCAAAGAAGGAAGAACCAAAGGAAGAAGUCGUUCUCAAGCCAAUACCUAAACCGAAAGCUCCGGAGGAAGAGCGACCUAAAGAAGAACCGCUAAAACCAAUUAAAAAGCCAAAACCGGUUGAGGAUGAAAAGCCGGAAGAAGUCCAAUGGCCUACUGGAAAGAGACGUCCAAAGAAAGAAGAACCGAAGGAAGAACUCGUUCUCAAGCCAAUACCUAAACAGAAAGCUCCGGAGGAAGAGAGACCUAAAGAAGAACCGCUAAAACCAAUUAAAAAGCCAAAACCGGUUGAGGAUGAAAAGCCGGAAGAAGUCCAAUGGCCUACUGGAAAGAGGCAUCCAAAGAAGGAAGAACCGAAGGAAGAAGUAAUUCUUAAGCCAAUACCUAAACAAAAAGCUGUGGAGGAAGAGCGACCUGAAGAAGUGCAGCUGGAACCAGUGAAAAAACCAAAACUAGAUGAGGCAGAACAGCCGGAAGAAGUUCAAUGGCCCACUGGAAAGAGACGUCCAAAGAAGGAAGAACCUGAGGAAGAAAUCGUUCUUAAGCCAAUACCUAAGCAAAAAGUACCAGAGGAUGAAAAGCCUGAAAAAGUACAUCUUAAACCAAUAAAAAAACCAAAACCUGUUGAGGAAGAAAAACAAGAAGAAGUUGAAUGGCGCUCUGGAAAGAGACGUCCAAAGAAAGAAGAACCAAAAGAAGAAGUUGUUCUUAAGCCAAUACCGAAACAAAAAGCAGUGGAGGAAGAACAACCUGAAGAGGUACAGCUGAAACCAGUGAAAAAGGCAAAACCAGUUGAGGAAGAAAAACCAGGAGAAGCCGAAUGGCCCACUGGAAAGAGACAUCCAAAGAAAGAAAAACCAAAGGAAGAAGUUGUUCUUAAGCCAAUACCGAAACAAAAAGCACCGGAGGAAGAGAGACCUGAAGAAGAACCGCUAAAACCAAUGAAAAAGUCUAAACCAGUUGAGGAAGAAAAGCCAGAAGAAGAAACAAAGACUGUACAUGAAAAGAUACAGCAAAAGAAAUAUAAAAAAAUGGUGAAAGAAAAGUCUAUCGAAAAGGUUGACGAAGUUGAAGUUACAAUAGAAGAUGAAGUAAAAGAAAGCAAAUCUGUCGUCGGACCGCAAGAGGAGAAAAAAGUAAUUGUGCAAAAGAAGAUUGCCAAGAAACAAGAAAAAAAGAAAGGUAGAGUUUUAUAUUUAAUGUACGAAACAAUAAUAAACUUUUGUUUAAUAAGUAAACUUGCUUAUAUGUAUAUUUUCAAUUGCGAAGUUAUUAAACAGAUGCAUGGUUAA